ACUCUGCAAGGACCCGAGCUCUUUAUCCCUAGGUCCUUUCCUCCUGCACGUCAGCUUUGAGCCCCGAGCUGGUGCUUCUGCUCUCUGAGACAUGGCAGGCCUGAUGACCAUCGUAACCAGCCUUCUGUUCCUUGGUGUCUGUGCCCACCACAUCAUCCCUACGGGCUCUGUGGUCAUCCCCUCUCCCUGCUGCAUGUUCUUUGUUUCCAAGAGAAUUCCUGAGAACCGAGUGGUCAGCUACCAGCUGUCCAGCAGGAGCACGUGCCUCAAGGCAGGAGUGGUCUUCACCACCAAGAAGGGCCAGCAGUUCUGUGGCGACCCCAAGCAGGAGUGGGUCCAGAGGUACAUGAAGAACCUGGAUGCCAAGCAGAAGAAGGCUUCCCCUAGGGCCAGGGCAGUGGCUGUCAAGGGCCCUGUCCAGAGAUAUCCUGGCAGCCAAACCACCCUCUAAUCACCACCCAGCCCUCCAGCCCUGAGUUUGGGCCUGAGCUGCUUGGUGGGCUACUCGGGGCCUGGGGAAGCCACAGUGAUGGGGGGAAGAGCUAAUUUUCCUGUUUCUUAGCAACACUCUCCAGGGAUGUGUCUCUUCUAUGAAAAACCCGAGGGAGCAGGUGAUGUGGUUCCCGGGGGCUGAGCAAUAGCUCCAAGCAUCCAAGGCUCCUUGCCUUUCUGGAGCUGGGUGAGAAGAUCCCAGAAGGAGAGCAGUGGCAACUCUUUGCCUUCUCCUCCUGACCUGGUUCUGAUGCUUUUUCUUUUUUUUUUUUUUCUGAGAUGGAGUCUCGCUCUGUCACCCAGGCUGGAGUGCAGUGGCACAAUCUCGGUUCACUGCAACCUCUGCCUCCUGGGUUCAAGUGAUUCUCGUGCCUCAGCCUCCCGAGUACCUGGGACUACAGGUGUGCACCACCACACCCAACUAACUUUUGUAUUUUUAGUAGAGAUGAGGUUUCACCAUGUUGGCCAGGCUGGUCUCAAACUCCUGGCCUCAAGUGAUCUACCUGCCUCGGCCUCCCAAAGUGCUGGUAUUACAGGCAUGAGCCACCACACCCAGCCUACUCAAACUUUUAUGUUGAAAAAAAAAAAAUCAUAAUUUUUUUUUUUUUAAAGAAAUGAAUGUGGAAGACCAGGGUGAAGGGCCAGCCUGGGUAGUUUAAUCUUUUUGGGAAGACAUGACUUUAAGGAGAUUCCCUGCUUUGUGACAGGUUGCUCCAUGCUGUCUUGGGGACAAGGGCCUGUUCUGCCUUCAAAUCUGGGCUCAGCCCACAUUUUGGUGAGGGGAAGAUAGGGUGGGGGGAUAAGGGAGAGAAAAGACUCUAGCUUUCUUUUUCUAUGCAUGAUAUACUGUGUGGGUUUAUCAAGAGUGUAGACACAGUUGCUGUUCUCAAAUAAUAGGCCAAAUAAAAUGCGAUUCUUUUUUUCUUUGAA